UGUAGUGGUGGGAGUAAAAACCCCAAAGCUUUUAUAUAAUAGCAGCAUGUGUUUGCACGUGAGCUGCUCCUUUAAGAAGCCUUGGGCUACUGGAAGUAGAGAGAUCCAGAGCCCCACAGCUAUAACAGAGGGCAGAGGUUAAAUCUUUUGGCAUAUUUACCAUAAGGAUGGUCACUGCACACCCUCUUCCUGAAGGCUUCACUGAAAUAGAAGUGUUUGCCAUUGGCACUGCCCUGCUGGUAGAAGCCCUGCUUGGUUUCUGUCUGAAUGGCUUGACAAUUAUUUCUUUCCGAAAAAUCAAAGAGCUCCGAACGCCCAGCAAUCUGCUGGUUCUCAGCAUUGCCCUGGCCGACUGUGGGAUCUGCAUCAAUGCAUUCAUCGCUGCCUUUUCCAGCUUCCUCAGAUACUGGCCCUAUGGCUCUGAUGGCUGUCAAAUCCAUGGAUUCCAUGGCUUCCUGACAGCACUGGCCAGCAUUAGCUCCAGUGCUGCUGUCGCCUGGGAUCGAUACCAUCACUACUGUACAAGGAGCAGGCUGCAGUGGAGCACAGCUGCCUCCAUGAUGCUGUUUGCAUGGCUGUUUGCUGCCUUCUGGUCCGUGAUGCCCUUGCUGGGGUGGGGAGAAUACGACUACGAGCCCCUCCGAACCUGCUGCACCCUGGACUACAGCAAAGGGGACAGAAACUAUGUCACAUUCCUUUUUGCUCUGUCCACUUUCAAUUUCAUGAUCCCAGGCUUCAUCAUGCUGACAGCCUAUCAGUCCAUACACCAAAAGUUCAGGAAAACUGGGCACUUUAAGUUUAAUACUGGUUUACCAUUGAAGACGCUGGUCAUUUGCUGGGGUCCCUAUUGCCUGCUGUGCUCCUACGCAGCAGUGGAAAACGUGAUGUUCAUUCCACCAAAAUACCGCAUGAUUCCUGCCCUUAUUGCCAAGGCUGUGCCAACGGUGGAUGCCUUUGUAUAUGCCCUGGGAAAUGAAAACUACAGAGGAGGAAUAUGGCAGUUCCUCACAGGACAGAAGAUUGAGAAAGCAGAGGUUGAUAACAAAACUAAAUAACCCAUUAUGGCAUUAAACACAAUUACUGUGGGUACAUCACUGAAAGCAAAAUUCAAGAGAAAACUGAGUGCAUUCUCUGAUAUGUUAUGUGCAAAGGUGGUUCCACAUUGGAAAGGCUGUGCAUUGGCUACAAACAAUGAAGUAUGGAAAGAAAGCCCUCCAGAUAACUGUCCAAACCAUCAUGAGCUGCUUGUCAAACAAGCUGCUGUGUCGAUUGUCAUCAGUCUCAUUUUGUAUGUCACUGCGAAUAAACUAUGUGCUGGAAAGCAUUUUUUUCCUCCUGAUAAAAGCUAACAUAAACUCUCAGCAAAUUAACUGAAGCAGGAUAUUCAUUUAUCCAGUGAGGCCUCAUCAGAUCAAUCUGUGCAGGUUGUCCAUAUGGUAAUGUCUGGAUUACUAGAAGAUUAAACCAGUAUCCAGUAUUGACCACAUGUCUGUGUAAAUAGCUUGUUCAUCUGAACAACUCAUUUUCAGUGCACCCAAAACAGGGCUUUCCAAAUUUCCGUCAUGAAUCUGACAUCCUAGUUCCAUAAAAACAUUUUAGUGAGCAUGUUUCCCCAGUAAAGAAUAUUAGCUUGGCUCCUACUCAAAUGAGUUACUGUGUGACAUUCAGCUUUGUCACACAAUAAACUACAUCAGAUUUUGCAGCUGGUGCUUAGCAGGACAAUCAAAAGCUUAUAGUCCAUCAUAAAAAACAUUCAUUUUUUUGUUGAACAUUGAGCAAAAACUAAAGGGAGGUAUGAGUCAGAUUCUGUGAAAAAAUGUCAGAAUAAAAAUUAACUUCACCUCUUCCAUUAAAUUCCCCUAUGUUCUACAUAAAAAAGCAAUCACUGAAUCAGUGGUGAUUAAAGAGUCUGAGCAAUUAAAAGGUCACUUUCAUAAUUAUCAGAAAUCAUAAGUAUUUUAAACUCUCAGAAAUGUUCAUUUUAAACACUUGUAUUUGCUCAUGUUGCUCAUAUUGCCUAUGGGAUGGAAAACUGUCAGUUGAUAUUGCCUGUUAUUACAAGAUGUGUCUCAGAAUUGACCAUUUGUAAAAAAAUAUGUGCACGACACAGAUUAGGAGAGAUUGUGUGUACAAAAAGGCAAACCUAAUUGAUACUUACAGGGAUCAUGUGGUUCAUUUCCAAGCACUGACAGUGAAAGGGUUUUUGAAACUGACCAAAGAAAAAGCUGAUCCGUCCUUUUGAUGCCUUCCAACAUAUUAACAGGGAAACAGUCGUUUAUGAGAUAAAAAAGGGUAGAUGGUACAAUCCUGCAAGCUAAACAAUCAGUGGGCAGAAGGAACAUUCUUCUCAUGUCUAGAGAUAGGGAAUAAAUGUCAUUUUGUCAGCAGUUAACCAGCAGGAUCCCAUUCAGGGAUGUGCUUUGGGACUUCAUGAGGUUCAAUCUGGUCACAAAGUACCUGACAGAACACUGAAUAGUGCCAUGACAAAAUUAUGCAGAAUAAUGACAUCUAAUGCUGACAGCUAAGUCUUACAUCUUAGGUACACACAAUAUAAAGUGAGCAGAUGACAAAAUGUUUGCACUGAUAAGUGCAAAAUAAUGUGUUUGGACACAAAAUUACCUUUAAGUAUGUAUCUACAGUGACAGGCUCUGAAUGUGCAAUUAUCUCUUUCUCAGGAAAUAGGCCUGGGUAGGUCUUGCAAUCACCAGCUCCAUUGUCAGCGGGGUCACAAUGACAAAUCCCAGCAGAAUGCUAAAAAAGGAGUAGGUAACAAAAUAGGACACAUAGCCACACCAUUUGAAAACCAUUUAUUCAGACUUAGUGAACAGGGUGCAUAGUUUGGGUCAUUCCAACUCAGAGAGGAUAAACUAGAAAAGGGCCACAGAGAUGAUCAAACACAGGGAGAAGCUUGAACACAGUAGGGAGGAAAUGAAGGAAAGUGUUGGCUCAGAAGAGGAGCCCAGUGAGGAGAACAGAGACAGCCUUAUUGAGCCAUGGAUAAGGGCAUGAGAGAUGGAAUGAUUGCUGCUCCCAGUAGCAGAAGAAUGAUGGGACGUACAGUAAAAUUACUUUGAGAUGUGCAUUUUCAAAAGUUCAUGGUUUGAGGAGUGUUCUUCAUGUCUGCCUACUGAAACACAUUAUGGUUUACAUAAAAAGCCUGUAAUAAUCUAAUAAAUAACAGCUAAAGAUAUUUGAUUAGGGACUGAGUCCCUUUGGCUUAAAGGAGACAUACAUCAGGAACUCAUCUCAGACUUUGGCUUACUCCAUUUGCAGAUUGAUUUUUAACUUGCUCUUACUACAAACUUUCUAACGUGGGAGUAGAAAGCAGCAGAGCUGUGUCUUCAUUCUGUUGGACAGCUACAAAUCUAAACGUGCCUCUGCCUAGGUUUGUGCAGUCUUUUUCAUACAGAUUACUGAGAAGUAGUGAUGGGUAAAGCUGAAUAUCAUGAUUUAGAGAGCAUAACGUUGGUAAAUGGUAUUCAAGCCUUGAGACAAAUGGGGUCUCUGUCCUGAGCAGCAACCAAAGCUGUCCUCUAGAGCCCCACUGAAGAAAUGCAGGGUGUCAAAAUCACUGAAACCUUUCACACCUAGUACAAAACUUACAGAUGGACUGUGAAAAACACAGGAUGUGUUCAUAUGGUCCAGCUAUAAGGAUGGGACUAAGCAGGGGCAGUACAGGGCAUUACAGUGAGAUAAGAACAGCCUGUCCCACCCAAGGGGGAGAGAGACCUCACUUCAGAUGGUUUCCUGUGCACUCUGUCUCUCCCAUUGGGUCAGAAAUCCCACCUGGUUUCACUCUGCACCUCGAAACCUAAAGAUGUACAUAAAACUCCUGUCAUUUAUCUCCCCCCUGAAUAUCUUCAACAAAUGCUUUUCAGCCAGCCAAGCCCACAGCUGUCCCAGCCUGAGGGCUCCUUCAAACAGGUUACAAAAGCUCCUGACUGAGGGAGAAGAGGCAAACAAACCAUUUGAACAAACUGUUCAAAUUCGAGUUUAUAGCCUCGGCUGCUGACUUCCUGCCAAAGAGGGGAAGAAUUGAGGUUGCUCAUGGCUCAUUUAUUGGAUUAUGGAUACUUUCUCUCUGCAAAAAAAAAAAAACAAACAACAAACGGAAAGAAAAAAAGACAUGGAAAUAAGCGUGAGGGUUUCCAGGGACUGUACCAAGAACUAGCAGUAUCUGAUAACUGGUCACUCUUCUGGCUAUGACUAGUUCUCACCACUGAUUUUUCCACAUUAAGAGGUGGCUGAUGACCACUAACAAUGGCCUAAAUAAGCAUCCUGUGCUUCAAGAAAAUGUCUGAGAGCAAAGUGCACUGCAUCAAGAAGCCAAACACAUACUUCCAGUUAAACAUACACGGUUUAUCCUUAGCACAGUCAGCCUCCACCACAACAUGCUGACCCAGUGCCUCAUGGCACUGCUGGUUGUCCAGGUCUUGGCAGUGGAUAUCUGUUACCAUCUUGAUAACACCUGUCACAAUAAGGUGUUAUCUUGAGUAGUUUAGGCUGAAGCAUACAAAAUCUCAUCAUGUACUCUGGAGAGCCCCAGAUGGCUAAAAACAGGAUUUACAGUGCCCUAACCAAAGUACAGGCCAGGGGGAUAUACAGGGGGUGCAAGACACUCCUAUACAUGGAGUAUUCCACCUACUCUCUAAAGCAAACUGCAUAAGAUCAAAAAAUGGAGACUCAGCUUAAGACAGUACAAUAUGAACAUCAGUGAUUAAUACCUGUCCUGUCACUAAGUGACUGAGUGAGUAAAACAGCUGUGUGCCCACCACUAAAAAUAAUUAAAUGGCACCUCAGGUUAUGUCACAUUAGCCACUGCAACCCUUUGUUGGGGAGAUUUUGAACACAAUCAAAAUAGAAGUGGAAGGUGGGCCUCUCCUUAGGCUUCAAUUACUUGAUUCAGUAUCCAACUACUCUUAAUGUCCAGUGAUCUGCAGCAUUUUAUCCAAUAUCACUUAAACACCCUACCAUCCCCCUUACAGGCAAACUAAUUCUGUUCAUUUGUGUCAGUGAGCAUUUUACACACUGAUGAAAAACAGGCUUUCAAAGAAAAAACAGAAGGCAAUUUUUCCUCCUUAUCUCUGGAUACAAAGUGUAAUUUCUUCAGGUUUUCUUUCAGCAGACAUAAAUGCCUCACAUCUUAAAUAGAAUUUCAUGCAGUUCUAUUUUCAAGGUUAUUAAACGCCUACAACUCCAAA